GGUUACCCGCGAACCCGAGAGCUCCUCGGCGCGAGGCGCGGUGGCUCGGAAUGGUUACGCCCGCUGGCUCUAGGGACCGUCUCUGAAGAGUCUGCCCUGGAGGGAGACGGAGGCUGGCGGGAGGGCUGGGGGAAGGGAUCCCGGCCGGCCUGGAACAACUGCUGACUAAUCGGCGGGCGGGAUCACGCGCCCGUGUGUGCGCGCAGCGGGUUUCAGGCACCGAGGGCUCGGCCUGGAACCGGCGGCCGGACUUACCGGGCGGGCCCCCCAGCUCGGUUUUCGUGGAAAACCCAGAACCCACGAAAUUGAGUCCUUUCCCUAAAGUUACAAAGCUGAAUGCGACCCAGACCCCGGGCCUCCCCUCUGUGCACCGCCCGGAAGCUUCGCCACACUUGUCCUUGCCUUCCCAACUCUGUCCUCCUGGCUUCCCUGCAAGGAGUGUUACGGCUUGCCUAUGAUGUAUGAGGCCCUAGUUUCCAUUCCUGUCGCCAAGAAAGAGAAGAGACUGGUCCAGAGGACUCGAGGCCCAGUUCCGUAUGUCCAUGGACCUGUCCCCUAGUGCCCAGGGAUGGAAUGGUUGUGAGAAGGUGCAAGAGGAAGCUUCAUUUUAGGUGACCCUGCCUCCAGUGAACACCAGCCUUGAAUACGUGCAAGGAGUUGUAUCCUGCACUGGGAAGCAAAUCCAGGUGCCUGUGCAUGGCUAGCCUACAGCCUCAGGACCACCUUUGACUGCCAUCAACGAAAUAUGCAUGCCUGGGAGGCCCCUGGCUCACUGUCCCGUGCCCUGCCCCUUGCUUCCUCAGUCCUGAUGCUGCUGCUGAGCUGCCUGUGGUUAUUGGGGGCUGGCCCCAGCCUCAGAUUGGCUCCAGAGCUGCUAAUGGAACCCUGGCAGGUGCACAGGCUGCUGACCCAUGCUCUGGGCCACACUGCACUGCCAGGCCUGCUCCUGAGCCUGCUGCUUCUGCCUACUCUGGGCUGGUGGCAGGAGUGCCAUCUGGGCACUGUGCGCUUCCUGCACAACUCCACCGUGCUUGCCCUGGCUACUGGGCUGCUGGCUGUGCUGCUGGCGGGCCUUGGGGUGUCCGGUGCAGCUGGAGGCUGUGGCUAUAUGCCUGUCCAUCUAGCUAUGCUGGCGGGACAGAGUCACCACCCUGGAUGGCCUCAGAGGACACUGCCACCAUGGCUGCUACCGUGGCUUCUGCUGGCCCUGACCCUGCUGCUCAGCUCUGAGCCACCCUUCCUGCAGCUCCUUUGUGGCCUUCUCACUGGCCUAGCCUAUGCUGCUGGGGCCUUCCAGUGGCUGGAGCUCUCAGAGCGGAGACUGCGGGUGUUACAGGAAGGUGCCCUUUGCAAGUCUCUGGCCCGAUGCUGGCCACUGAGGCUCUUUCCCACCCCGGGCAAUCUGGGUGAGCUGCCUGUCACUUAUCCUGCUGGAGUGAGGCCUGCCACCCCUAGACCUCCUUACCUGGCUUCCUCAAACUCCUGGCCUCACAGUGAUGGCUCUGCUCAGCUUCCACCACACCAGGGGCCUGGACAGCUGACAUGGAAGAACUCGGAGAGGGGCUUGGACUGGGCUGGGUCCAGCUUUGCUUCAGCAACGACGAUGUGGGCAGCCCUAGACGAGCAGAUGCUACAGGAAGGGAUCCAGGCCUCACUUCUUGAUGCGUCAGUUCAGGGUUCCCAGAGCUCUCUAUGGUUGCCAAAGCCCUCUCUGUCUUCUCUAAGGUUGCAGCAGCUACAGCACAUGGGAUUCCCCACUGAGCAGGCUGCAGUGGCCUUGGCAGCUACAGGGCGUGUAGAGGGGGCAGUGUCACUGCUGGUGGAAGGGCUAGUGGACACUGAGGCCCUAGUGACUGAGGGAAGGAGUAGCCCUGCCCACUGCACAGGCACUGGAACCUCAUAGUCCUUUCCUUGUCUGCUGAGGGCUUGGUGGGGUCUUGAGUGCAUCCCUGGGGUAGGACGAGGCCCCAACAUGUUUCCCUGGUACUUUGUAAGAAUAAAAGCUGAUUUGUUUUCCAACCUGG